AGACUUUGUCAAUUGAUGACGUCACCAUAUCGUCUCUCUCUGAAUUAAAUAAAGAAAUAAUACAUAAUAAAAACAUCAUACUCGACAUAUUCAGCUUUUGAUUGGCCCACCGCCACCACCACCACCACCGCCGCCGCCGAACCCAGACCCACGCCCUUUGUUUCAAAUCUCAAAUCUCAUCUUCCAAAUUCAUCGGAAAAUUCUUUUUCACUUUUCCUUUUUAAUUCUUCUUCUUAUUUUUAUUUUUAUUUGUAUACACUGUUAUGUGUACCCAUGUAGAUUUUACACGUUUCAUUUUCUACCAAGAAGUCUUCAAAUUGGGCAUAUCUGUGGCCAAUUUCCUGACGGGCUGUUGUUGAUUUAAUUGUUUCUAGUUCAUGGGUAUUGGGUCAUAGGUAAUGGGAAUUGGGUAUAAUUUAAUAAUCAGAAUCUAGUCACUAAUAAUAAUCUUUGAUAUUCUGUAAUUCAGUGGAGGUUGUUAGAUAAUUUAUUAAUUUAUUAUAAUAUGGGAAAUGUGAAUGGAAGAGGAGAAGAAGAUGGGGUAACUAGCCCUUCAGGAUCAGGUGGUGGUGGGGUGGGAGCUGGGGUUGAUGAAGAGGAGGGAGGAGGAGGAGGAAAUAACGGCGGUGAGGGCAUGGUUGUUCCAGAUGAGACCCACCUUGGCUGCCUUCCCCCUCCUCCUGAAUUGAUGGGUCAGUCCCCUCCUCACAGCCCUAGAGCCACUCAAUCACCUCUCAUGUUCACUCCUCAGGUUCCAGUGGUUCCGCUACAAAGACCAGACGAUAUCCAAAUACCAAGCAAUUCAUGGAUGCAAAAUACUGUUGGGUAUGAAGAAAUGUGCAAUGAGCAAGGAAUUCCGACAAUGAUUUCAUGGAGCUAUGGUGGCAAGGAAGUAGCUGUUGAGGGAUCAUGGGAUAACUGGAAAACCAGAAUUGCCUUGCAGAGAUCUGGUAAAGAUUACACUAUAAUGAAAGUACUGCCUUCUGGGGUUUACCAGUAUAGGUUUAUUGUUGAUGGACAGUGGAGGUACAUCCCUGACUUACCUUGGGCUCAAGAUGAUACUGGCAAAGCUUACAACAUUUUGGAUUUGCAGGAUUAUGUUCCAGAGGACCUUGAGAGUAUAUCUAGUUUUGAACCCCCUCAGUCUCCAGAGUCAAGCUACAGCAAUAUGCAACUUGGAAGUGACGAUUUCGCAAAGGAGCCACCAUUUGUUCCCCCACACUUACAGAUGACACUGCUCAAUAUGCCUUCAUCGUACAUGGAGAUUCCACCUCCCUUAUCAAGACCUCAACACGUGGUGCUUAAUCAUCUCUACAUGCAAAAAGGGAAGGGUGGCCCUGCUCUGGUGGCACUUGGUUCGACACAUCGUUUUUUAGCCAAGUAUGUGACAGUGGUGCUCUACAAGUCCUUGCAGAGGUAAUAAUUUAUUGCACCUAUGCUGGCUUUUAGUCUAUAGUCACCGGAUGUAGUCAGUAUAAUUAUUAAGAGGAAAAGCUACACCAGUGGCUUCUGUAAAGCAUAGGAAGAAGUCAUCCUAAGGGAACCUAACGAGGUCGUAUUUUCACUUAAUGCAAAUGCUUGGUAAACAAUGAUUAGGCAACUUAUUACUUGUUUGGUUGGACCAUUUGGUUGCCCAUGUGUAGAAAUUAUUGAGAAGAAAUGAAGCUUUUGAUAUUAUGAGACUA